AUGUUGAUGAGGAGGCUAAAGAGGAAGUUGGUGAACAAAAGAGAGGUUAUUGAAGGUAUAUCUGUGGAUGAUACUAGUAUUGCAGAAUCUUUGCAAUAUGAUUUCUCAGCAAUUAGUGCAGCAACAGAUAACUUCUCAAAUGCUAAUAAGUUGGGACAAGGCGGAUUUGGUACUGUGUACAAGGGCAAGCUUUCAAAUGGACAAGAAGUGGCAGUGAAAAGAUUGUCAAUAGAUUCAGACCAAGGUGAUCUAGAAUUCAAAAACGAGGUCUUGUUGGUUGCCAGGCUUCAACAUAGAAAUUUGGUUAGAUUGCGAGGAUUUUGCUUUGAUGGAACAGAGAGACUUCUUGUCUAUGAAUUUGUUCCCAAUGCAAGCCUUGACCAAUUUUUAUUUGAUACAGUUAAACGUAGGCAAUUUGAUUGGGAAAGGAGAUCCAAAAUCGUUGGAGGCGUUGCUCGGGUCCUUUAUCUUCAUGAGGAUUCUAGGCUUCGGAUCAUUCAUCGUGAUCUCAAAGCUAGUAAUGUUCUACUUGAUGCAGAAAUGAAUCCUAAAAUCUCAGACUUUGGCAUGGCAAGGUUAUUUACCCUGGAUGAAACUCAAGGCAGCACAACCAGAAUUGUUGGGACCUAG